UCAACAUCAACCGAACCGAACCGUCCAAAACCAAAACACUGAAGACGCUAAACGAAUGGUGGAUAAGUAGUUGUGUUAUGCUAUUUUUAUUUGGUCUCCGAUGAGUCAUUAGUUCCGUCAACGAUUGAUCUGCGCAAUUCAAUAUGGAGUCACGGACUGAGACACUGGUGACUCACCGAGUAAUCACAGACAAUGAUACUAGCGCAGAGGUGGGUGGAGACGCCCAGUGUGGACGCAAGCCGGAGUACAUUCCUCGUAUCCGCUGGCCAGACCUCGCUGCUCAGCUGUUUGUACAUGGCGGAGCUCUCUACGGCCUCUACCUCAUGAUCACCAGGGCCCAGUGGUACACUGUCCCUUGGGCAUUCGCAAUGGUCUACACGUCAGGGUUUGGUAUCACAGCUGGGGCUCACAGGCUGUGGUCUCACAGAGCCUACAAGGCUAAGUGGCCUCUGCGGCUUCUACUCUGCUUCUUGUUCACCAUUGCAGGCCAGAGGCACGUGUACGCAUGGGCCCUUGACCACAGAGUGCAUCACAAGUUCAGUGAGACAGACUCAGACCCACAUGACGCUAGGAGAGGGUUCUGGUUCUCGCAUGUAGGCUGGCUCGUACUCACACCUCACCCUGAUGUGGAGGUGAGACGCAAGGCUGUGGACAUGAGUGACCUGGACAACGACCCCAUCGUACUGUGGCAGAAGAGGCUCUACAUUCCUCUCUUCGCUAUUUUCUGCAUCGGGCUCCCAGUGCUGAUCCCAUGUUAUUACUGGAAUGAAGAUUUGUGGAUUUCAUUCUUCAUAAACUUCAACUUCCGUUUCUCGCUAACCCUCAACAUGGCCUUCGCUGUAAACAGUUUCGCUCACAUGUGGGGUUCUCGACCUUACGACAAGAGCAUCAGUCCCGUAGAGAACGUACUGGUGUCUCUGGGAGCUUUGGGCGAAGGUUGGCACAACUACCAUCACGUGUUCCCCUGGGACUACAAGACCUCAGAGUUGGGCAAGUACUGCUUCAACUGGACGACAGCGUUCAUAGAUGCGUUCGCGCGGCUGGGCUGGGCCUACGACUGCAAGACUGUGAGUGAGUCGAUGGUGAGGCGCCGAGCGGCCCGUAGCGGAGACGGCAGUCGUCUGUGGGGCUACGGCGACACUGAGAUGGACGAAGCUGACCGCAGGGAACUGGACGCCUCCAGGUAGAGUGGCGACCGCAGUAACUCAGAUGUUUCUUGUAUAACAACUGUUCGACUCUAUUGUCUGUCAUUGUCACUUCACCUUGCCAUGGAUUAAGAUUAUCAAUCACACAUUGUAUCCAAUAGAGCGAUAAGUUCAGUCUGCCAGUUACAGAAACCAUUGCUAAGUGACUAAUUAUACUCAAGGGUGCUUCUGAGAAGUCACAGAUUUUAGCGAUUUUAUUUUAAAAGGCUAAAUCACAGAUUUUACAAGGGCUGAAUGUGAUUUUUCAUUCAUGGAAAUUGGAAGCUACAAUUGAAAAGUGGGAUUGUUUUUAAAUUAUGUUAUUUAUUUUGUUAAAAAAUUGUCCUACAUGUAUACUCUUUCAAGAUUUACUGAAUGGUCAAAUCAUGAGUUUAACAUUUGAUGUUUUUUUUCUCGUUAUAGCAGAUAAACAAUGACAACAGAUAGUUCUGAAUUGUAAUUCUGUAAUUGCCCCUGAAAAGUCAUUAUCUUGUAUUUAAGGGAACUGGUAGACACCCGGCUUAUGAUUUCCUUAGGUUUAAUUUAUGAAAAUGUAGAGAAGUAAAUAACCUCACUUUAAUUCAGGGAAGAAAGCAUUCCUAUUUUAUUUAUUUCUAUAAUAAAAUACCAGUUAAAUAUUUAUCUCAAUUUUUUUAACACAUUCUAUAGGCUAGGUUUCUCCAGUGUGAGGGACAAUUGUUAGGAAUUAGCAUAAGACAUUCUGUUCCAAUUUGUUGUGUUUAUAACCAUGUGCAACUGAUUAAUAUUUAUGUUUGUAACUAUUGUCUACCAAUUAAAGAAAAAUUUAAUUUAUGAUGCAUUUAAAUAAAAUAACAAAUUAAUUAAAAUACUUGUAUGUUAACAAACCAAUAAGUACUAAUAUACCAAAUAAAUAUAUUGAAUCAAUUUUAAAUUAAUCUGAUGAAUUGUUCAAGCAUUUAAACUAAUGUUAAAUCCCUCUAUAACUUGUUAUAACCUUGUUUGUUUUAUAGUUAUCGUUAACGUUAUGUGAUUGAUGUUACUUAAUCAGUAAUUUUACCACUACUAUUUAAUCAUUGUUUAUGUUUAUCCACAUUUUAUUCAACAGCCGUACUAUACAGGAUAACGCUGUGCAUUUAAACAUAUAAUAUUACCAUUAAAUGCCUAUAUAUGUGCUUGAUGAAUUGUUGAAAAGUACUGUUAAAGCUUUCAAUAUGGAAUUGACGCUAAUACAGUUUUUCAUUUAAAUGCUGGCCUUACCUAUGAAAAACUGAUGUUUGUAAAUAUUUUAACAAGUAUACACACUGUUUGAUAAACUUUAUAGUUUUAUAAGAAUUGUUUUGAGACUAUAUUUUGUAAGUGUUGAGCUACCUGGUAGUCUGUUAUGUUAGUCUAGUCCCUUCCCGGAGAAGGCUAUGUCUCUAAAGCAACUGCCAACUCUUGACUUGUGUAACUCUUCUAUAGCUUUGUUCUGUUGUCGUCGUCUAUAUAUUUCAUGUACAAAUUUAUUUAUUACAUUUCAUCUGUCUCAUUGCAGGGAAACUGGAGCCUUAAAACUAUCAAAUUUUCAGUGCCUUAAACCGUGAAAAACUAAUGACUGAAAAUGUUUGUCAGUUAAGUUUUAUAAACUUCAUCACUGUGUAGCCUGUUUAGAAUCAGUACACUACUGUAGACAGUUUUUUUCAAUAGUAUAUUUCAUACCUAGGGCCAAAAAUGAGGUUUUGCCAGCUCAAGAUCAUCGAGAGCUGCAAACCCCUUUUAAGUAAAUAGGCGAACAGCUGAUUUUCGGCCCUAGUGCCGCCAAAACCUGCUCGGUCACCAAAUGACAAUAACGUGGAAUGGACAGCAAUAUGUAGCUUUCAGCCUCCAAUUAAAAUUUGUAAAACGGCUAAAAACAUUGUAGUGUGGUGAAGAUAUUGUUUACGUUUCCUUGAGGUUGUGUUUUUUACCAUCUUGCAUCAGAAUUGUUGUAGCCUGAAGGUUAUUGAGCGGCUGGGUAACUAAGUGGUUAUAGUGCUUGUUUAACAAUCAAUCAGAAGGGUGUCUAUUUUAUUCUGAAAACAUCAAGUUAGAUUUUUGAUGGUUCCAAACUGGGCCUAGCUGACCUUGAACAUCGGGCUUUUAAUAAAUGUUUUGGAUGAAGGAACAGCUGAUCUUAGUCAGUUUACACUCAUCUCAUUCAUAAUUUUACACUCUUCUUGCAUUCAUUUGAACUUAAAAUACCCACCUAGGUUGCUGUUUCAAAAGUAUUGAUAAUGAUAAUCAUAGUGGAACAUUGAUUGGCAAAUCCUUCAAAACGUGUUGCUAAACAAGUUGUUUCCUUACACUGGCACCUGUAGUUGGUGAAAAGGGUUCACAGUGCCUUGCUAUUAACCAAGCAUUAAAAGCUCUGCAGUUAUUAGCGAUGUUUUUCUAACAAUAGUAGAAACCUUAACAAUCUUCAUCUACCUCACUUUGUACAGCUGGAAUGUGCAAAUUCAAAUAAGAAAUUUAACCUGUUUUAAAUGAUGCAAAUAUUAACUGUUACUUUACUCUUUGAGAAGAAAAUAGUACUUAAUAUUUUCUAAGGUCAUAAAAAAUGUCCACAAUAUGGUGAACAUGUGGGUUACAGAGGGUUUCUAUUACGGGUAAAAUAACGUAUUGUGUUUAUUUUUCAGGCUCCAGUUACCCAGUGUAACUUGUGUAGUAGAUAGUAUUGGCCAGUUUUACUUGUUACUUGCCUGUCUAAGACUGCAACGUCAACCACAACAUGUCAAAGAUUAUUGAACAGAUUUCAUUUAACCUUCCUUAGACAUGUAUUGUAAUUCAUUCACUUUGGGUAAUGGCCGUGGAACAGUUUAGAUGAUUACUAACCAAUUUUUCAGCCUCGAUGUAAGGCUGAAUGGGAUGAUCUUAAAGGGAAUUGACUUCUGCAUAGUGAAGUUUCAUGUGGUUUGCAGGCUGAAGUUGUAGGUUAUAUCUGGUGGGGUGGGUGUCGGGCUUUCCAUGAACCUGUUAUAUCCACUGCACAUUUCUGGGGAUGAGGGAAAUCCUAACUCCCAUCUCACCAGAUAGAAUCUACGACAUCUCCCUGCAAACACCACUUUAUAGUUUAAGAUUUUACUGUGCAGGAGUCAAGUCUGCCUACAUGGAAUAGUGAUGAUGAGACAUGGCCAUUUUCAGAGGACCACGACUAAAAUAACGAAUAUUGUAUGAUUAAAGACAUUUUCCUACAGUUACCUAACAAUGUACAUGUUCUCUCACUGAUUUUAGAAAGCAAAGUGGCCAAUUCGCUCAUCAGUGAGACAAUGUUAACAUUGUCUCACUCUAAUUACUUUGUCUCACUCCAGAUUUGCAACGUGAAGGCACGAAAUAGUGAGUGUGUA